CUUUUUCUCGCUUCCUUUCACAGCGUCGCCAAGAUUCUCUCAUCGGUCCUCCUCGCCUCUGCUCUUUCGUCCAUAAAGCUGUUCCUCGAGAUUGUCGGAAUCUAUUAAACUAAGAUGGAGUUAGACCCAAAGAAGGUUGUUGAAGUAUACGAGAGAUAUGAAGCUGUUGGUGAUCAGUUUCUACUUGUUCGCAAUCAGAUGGUGGAGAAUGAUAGGGAGAGGAACGCGAACCGGGAGGCUCUUACAGCACUAAGGAAGAAAGCUAAGACAACAAAGACUAGCGUCCCUUCUCCUUUCGAUUCUAUGAUGAAGGAUACGCACGGGAGCUCAGCCAAAGCUUUGGUUCAGGAAGUUUGCUCGACUUGUGGAUCCCAUGACUCUAGUGAACCCACAUGGAUGAUGCUCCCAGGAACUGAUCUUUUCGCUGCAGUCCCUUUUCAUGCUGUUCAUACAAUGCUAGAGAAAGAUGAAAAGAGAAUGGAGUUUGAAUCAAAGAAACUGCAGAGCUUACUCAAGGAGAAGACUCUUUUGUUAUCCGAACUUGGGGCUCUUGCUGAUAGUGUUCCUCCAAGCGUCAUCAGGUCGCUGAUAACGUUAAAGGACAAACCUUCGGUUCAGUAGUACUUGGAUUGACACAAACAGCGUUAUCCAUUUGUGAUGUUGAAGGAUCAAGUCUUCUUGAAUGUUGAAAAAGUCAUGACCUUUGAUUAUAAUUAAAACCAUAAAAUUCCCUUGUUUCUUCUAAUAAAUAAUAUUUUAAUUUUCUA